GUCACCAAGUCAUUGUGAAGGAAGUGGUGCCUGACAUUCAGCCUUCUUCAAACUUCACCAACAAGGUUCACUAUGUCUACAGAACUCAAAUAAAGGAAAUUAUCUCUCCCACAGAGGUCCUAAAGAUGUUGGAGUCUGACUUUGUUGAGAAAGCUCCAGAAGACACAAAGGUCUCUCAAGAAGAUCUCAAAUUUCUAACAAAGAUGAAGACCGGCAUUAGGCACAAGGAGGAUGGUCAUUUUGAAAUGCCACUCCCAUUCAAGAGUGAAAGGCCGAACCUGCCGAACAACAAGGCAUGUGCUAUUCAUCGCCUCAAAUGUUUAGGAAAAAGGCUCAAGAGUAACAAGCAGUACUACAUGGACUAUAAGAAAUUCAUGGAUGAGAUCCUCGCCCAUGGAGAUGCUGAAAAGGUCCCAGAGCAAGACAUUGACAAGACACCAGUUUGGUACAUCCCACACCAUGGUGUGUAUCAUCCACAAAAACCCGGAAAGAUUCGUGUCGUCUUUGAUGCCUCUGCCAAGUUCCAAGGCACUUCCCUAAAUGACCAUCUCCUGACUGGUCCAGAGCUAACAAACACCUUGCUCGGAGUCUUGUGUCGCUUCCGAAGAGGGCCAGUGGCUUUCAUGUGUGACAUCGAACGCAUGUUCCACCAAUUCCAUGUGCAUGCUUGCGACCAAGAUUACCUACGGUUCUUGUGGUGGGAGAACGGUGACCUUGAAACUCCAUUCACUGUCUACAGGAUGAAGGUACACCUAUUUGGAGCAGCAUCUUCUCCAGGUUGCGCCAACUAUGGCCUCAAGCAUCUUGCAGCUGAAGGGGAAGGAAGUUUUGAUGAAGAAACCAUCAAGUUCAUCAAAACCAACUUCUACGUUGAUGAUGGACUAGCAAGUGUUGACACUGAAGAUCAGGCAAUACAGCUGGUUAAUGAAGCAUGCAAACUCUGCAGCAUGGGCAAACUUCGGUUGCACAAGUUCAUCUCAAACAGCACCAAAGUUCUAGCUUCGCUUCCGAAGGAAGAAUGUGCUGCAGCUCCCAAAGAUCUAGAUAUGGCACUCAGUGAAGUACAUAUGGAAAGAGCACUUGGCGUACAAUGGUGUGUGGCAUCAGAUCAGUUUCAGUUCAGAGUAGUUGUUAAGGAAAAACCACUCACCAGAAGAGGAGUAUUGGCCACAGUCGCCUCUGUGUUCGAUCCACUUGGGUUUGUGUCACCUUUCAUUCUGCUGGGGAAGCAGAUCUUGCAACAAAUGUGUCGAGAUAAACUCAGCUGGGAUGAUAACUUACCUGACAGUCUUCGACCUCAGUGGGAGGCUUGGUUGCGUGACCUGGGAAACCUUGCAGAUGUAAAGGUUCACAGAUGCUACAUUCCUUCGAACUUCAAGGCACAGCACUACGAACUUCAUCAUUUUGCCGAUGCAAGCGCAUCUGGAUAUGGAAUGUGCACUUACCUCAGAGCAGUAAGCACAACUGGUGAAGUCCACUGCUCAUUGGUGAUGGGAAGAUCAAGAGUUCCACCAACCAAAGUCACAACUAUACCUCGGCUUGAGUUGUCGGCGGCCGUUGUUGCUGUGCGCACUGGUGACAUGCUGAAAAAGGAAUUGGAAAUGGAAAUUUCAGAAGAAAGGUAUUGGACUGACUCGAAGGUGGUACUCGGGUACCUCAGCAAUGAAGCCAGAAGAUUUCAUGUGUUUGUUGCAAACCGAGUGGAACGCAUCAAACAAAGUACAGAUCCAACCCAAUGGAGGUAUGUAACUUCCGAAGACAAUCCGGCGGACCACGCCUCAAGAGGUCUCACAGCAGAACAACUUGUAGCAUCAAACUGGUUCAAAGGCCCCGACCUCCUUUGGCAGAAGGUCAUACCCACUGGUGAAAUUAAGGUGGGAGAGUUAUCAACCAGUGACCCGGAGGUUAAGAAGGUUCAAGUCCACAAGAUACAAGUGGAGGAACAAAGGUCCUUGGUAGAUCGCCUACACAAGUUUUCCGACUGGUCGAGAAUGGUUAAGGCAGUUGCUAGACUCAAGCGGUAUGUGAAAGAAGCAAAGGAUCACAAGAGUAGAUCACACGACAUCAGUAGCCUACAAGAGAGAAAGGAAGCAGAGUUAACGAUCAUAAAGAUGGUUCAAGAAACCGCCUUUGCUCAGCAAAUAAAAACCUUGCAACACCAUGAUGUGAUGCAGAUGAAAGACAAGGUUAACAAGUUACACAAGUUAUGUCCAUUUCUUGAUGACCAAGGCAUUCUUCGGGUAGGCGGACGCUUAACACAUGCAGCUUUGCACCCCAAUGUCAAGCAUCCUGCGAUCCUGCCAAGAGACAGUCACGUGUCGGCAUUACUGGUCAAACAUUAUCACGAGAAGACAUACCAUCAAGGACGAGGGAUCACCAUGAAUGAACUUCGAGCUAACGGAUUCUGGAUUCUUGGAUGCAGCAAGAUUGUGUCAUCUUACAUCUAUAAAUGUGUAAAAUGCAGAAGGUUCAGAAGGCGCACAGAGCAGCAGAAGAUGGCAGACCUCCCAGAGGAUCGGAUGGAGACCACACCGCCAUUCACCUACUGUGGGAUGGACUGCUUUGGUCCUUUUUAUGUCAAAGAAGGCCGCAAGGAGCUAAAGCGUUAUGGCUUGCUAAUCACUUGCAUGUGCUCCAGGGCAGUGCAUCUUGAAAUGCUUGAUGAUCUCUCUACAGAUUCCCUCAUCAACUCCUUACGUGCAUUCAUGGCCAUAAGAGGUACAGUUCGCCAGAUAAGAUGCGAUCAAGGCACGAAUUUUGUCGGCACUAGAAAUGAGUUUAUUGGAGCAUUUAAGGAAAUGGAUCAAGCCAAGCUAGGGAAACUGGACUGCGAGUUUCUCAUGAACACCCCAGCGUCUAGUCACAUGGGUGGUGUCUGGGAAAGACAAAUUCGCACCAUAAGAAGUGUUCUCAUGUCCAUUCUGGAACAAUCAGCCAAACAACUCGACAGCUCCUCUCUGAGGACAUUCCUGUAUGAAGUCAUGGCAGUGAUUAAUAGCAGACCAUUGACUACUGACCAACUAUGUGAUCCAUCAAACCCAGAACCUUUAACACCGAAUCACAUACUAACCAUGAAGUCCACAAUCAUCUCUCCACCUCCAGGAAGGUUUGUGAAAGAAGAUCUUUAUCUCCGUAAGAGGUGGCGUCGUGUUCAACUACUUGCCAACACUUUCUGGACAAGGUGGAAAAAGGAGUAUUUGUUAAAUCUUCAAGGCAGACAGAAGUGGACCAAAGAGCACAGAAAUGCUAAGAUCAAUGAUGUUGUCCUCCUGAAGGAUGAGAUAACUCCACGCAACCAGUGGAAGUUGGCAAGGAUCAUUGAAGUGUAUCCUGGAAAGGAUGGAAAAGUGAGGAAGGUGAAAUUGCUGCUGAGUGAUCCAACCCUGGAUAGAGCAGGAAAACGUACCUCCAAACCUGUGCACCUGGAAAGACCCAUUCAGAAGACAGUCAUUCUGAUGGAAGCGGAAGAAGAUUCUCAACCGCACUCUGCUUAAAGGAUAAUUCAUGAUAGUUCAUUCAAAAGCCGUUCAUUAGUUCCUAGGCAAUACUUUAUUCUUUAAAUCACGAGUGAUUGGUGGGAGUGUAACGGUCUUUUGCAUGUGAUGUUUGUUGCAUUUGAUGUUUGUUGCAUUUGAUGUUUGUUAAGUUGUAUGUCUGGAUUUUGUUCUUUUGCGCCCUCUGGUGGUGAACUGUGUAGGGUACAGCUUUGCUGUUUGGGUCUCCACCCCAGCCACUUUUGCUUUUGCUAGCGCACAUGGUGUCUGCAUGCUGCAGCUCACGGUUAGCUCCACACAUGGAGAAAAUAUCGUUUAAAGAGUGGAAAUAAUUGAGAAAGAAGAUGGAGGAUAAGGCAAUAAGGCCAUAAAGGACUAUUUAGCACCUCCUGGAUGUCAGCUCACGAGUUCUCACGGGUUGCCAAGACCAGAAUAAACCCUGUUCCAUAACUACAUCGUGCGUACGUCCAUCCUUGAGGGUG